AACGCCAAAAGCUCGGGCCGCAGUCAGGCGGGAAAAAGACACAAUGAAAACCUGUGUGAUUUUAUUGUCUACCUUUCUCUUCGGAUCUUGUGCGGCUACGAGCUACUCGCCGGAAGAUCAAAAAUGCCUCACAAGCACGCUCAUAUUGCCAGAAGGGUACUGCUAUCAAUCGUUUUGGCAGUAUAAUCCCUUUUAUAAGCAGUGUGUAUCAACUUGCAACCCGUGGGCCCCUUUUCGUACUAAACAGGAAUGUGACGGAUCCUGCCGCUCCAAGGAAGUGUGCAAAAUGGUCAGCCCUAUUUCUCAAUGCACGUUUGGUUCUUAUCCCGUGUACUAUUACAACCCAAAAACUAAGAAGUGUCACGAAAAAUUGGACUGCUCGUACUAUGGAAACAACUUUCCCACAAUGCGUGAGUGCAAAGAGACAUGCAUGAAAUAUCAGCCGACGGGACCGAACGUCAACCCAUGCACUGUGUUGCCCAGCGAAGGAUACUACUGCAGGAAAAAAUACGGCUCAUUCCGCUUCUUGUACGAUUCCAACACCAAAACGUGCCAGCUCUUUUGGUAUAGAGGCUGCGGAGGAACCGAGAACAACUUCCCCACUUAUUAUGCCUGCCUUGACCGCUGUACGAAACAGUACCUCGCCGAAAAUGCGGGCAAGUUCUAGAAAAAGGAACACAGAAGUAAGAGGCAAGACAAACAUGAAGCCAGUUUAAUAAUCGAGUUAUAAAUCCUAAGAGCGGCAUAUCAGGCGCAACAACCACAUGCGGAACAGUGGUGGUGAAAUCUUCCGCUAUCCUCCAAGCCGAAAGCUAGGGGGAUUCACACACUAGAAUAAACAAAAAAUUGCCUCUGAAA